UACUGGUUUUCACCUCAUUUACUCUCCAUAUUCAUCUGCAGAGUCUAUCUUCACUAUUAAACUGGACUCUAAUGAGGCUUUUAUGGUCAUAAUUAUGAGAUUCAAUUGGUUUAUUUCCAUUAGCAAUGACAGACUGAGAUGAAAAUAUGAUUUGUAUAUUUUAUUCCAUGUCCAAAAUGGUUCACACAGAUAACCCAAUAUUCUACCAUAAAGUCUUAAUAUGUACUGCAUACACCCCUCUUUACAUGUUCAUGCUUGUAAAAUAUAUUUGAAGAGUGAAAUUAUACGACUCCUACUCAAUCAACAAACAUUUCAACGUUUUCAGAGGAUAUCUGAUUCUGUGGGAAAUGGCCAACAUGGGAAAUUCCAUUUCAGGACAGCAACUGACCCAUACAUGCAACCAAAAGUGAAAGUUCCCACAAGGUAAACGAAUGAACUAUUUUGUAACAAUAUCAGUGUGAGAACUUGACCUGUACCAUGUUAUCAACUUACUGCUAUUCGCAGGGAUAUUUGUAUGUUAUUAUAUUUGUGCAGUGUUUUUCUGUUCAUUCAUUGCGUAACCUGGAGAGAAUAGGAGGACUUCUCAACCAAAACAUUAGAAACUUAAUUCACACUCACCAUCUGAGGUGGGGAGGUGACACCCUCUCAAGUCCUCUCUCUCUUUUAUGUCCCUUUUUUCCACCUUCCCUCUUGCAGGGGAGUUCUUCCUUCCUUCCUUUACUCCUGUUCUUCCUUCCUUCCUUUACUCAAUGCAAAUUAAUAAAAUAAACUUGCCUACAGACAGGCUUUUUGUUUCUACCAUCUUGUUGCUAUAGCGAUAGCUUCCUGCCAUAUAUAUGUGGUCUCUUUAUGAGCCUGGUUACUGUUUAACAUCUCCACCCACAUUUUUCUCAGAUUAGAAAGAUCAAUAAGAUAACAGCUGGAAGUACCUACCUAAUGCUGGGGCCUUACCUUGCACCAACACCACCUUCCUCAUUAUAACGCAGCCAGUGGCUAACUUCCAUAUUUUAAACCCUAGAACUUUGGGAAUACAGAAGAAAAUGAAAACACAUAAGAAAGAAACAGGGAGAGAGAUGGUUAAUGUAAACUCACAAGUCAGUACAAGCAUGGAGUUUCCAUUCGCUGGUGACUCCUCGCCGGCUGAGAGUGCCAACAUGAAUGCAGCCAACCACCUCGGAGCGGGCACCCUGUGUGCCAUCUGUGGGGACAGGGCCACGGGCAAACACUAUGGGGCCUCCAGCUGUGACGGCUGCAAAGGCUUCUUCCGUCGAAGCGUUCGCAAAAACCACAUGUAUUCAUGCAGGUUCAGCAGACAGUGCAUUGUGGACAAAGACAAGAGGAAUCAAUGCAGAUACUGUCGAUUGAAGAAAUGCUUUCGAGCUGGCAUGAAAAAAGAAGGUAUACAAUUCAUUCAACUUCAUUCAAAUGCUGUACAAAACGAGAGAGACAGAAUCAGCACUAGGAGAUCUAGCUAUGAAGACAGCAGUUUACCAUCUAUCAAUGCACUUAUCCAGGCAGAUGUACUCUCAAGACAGAUAUCCUCACCUGGACCUAUACUGAAUGGUGACAUCAGGACAAAAAAGGUAGCGACCAUCACAGAUGUGUGUGAAUCAAUGAAACAGCAGCUGCUGGUGUUGGUGGAAUGGGCCAAGUACAUCCCUGCCUUCUGUGACCUGCCCCUGGAUGACCAGGUGGCAUUGCUGCGAGCCCAUGCAGGAGAGAAUCUUCUGAUUGGAGCUGCAAAGAGGUCUAUGUUGUACAAGGACCUCCUGUUACUAGGAAAUGACCACAUUAUUCCCCGGAACUGCCCGGAGAUGGAAGUGUGCCGGGUAGCAGUGAGGAUUCUGGACGAGCUAGUGCUGUCCUUCCAGGAACUCCAGAUAGACGACAAUGAAUAUGCUUGUUUGAAAGCCAUUGUUUUCUUCGAUCCAGAUGCCAAAGGUCUGAGUGACCCAGGUAAGAUCAAGCGGAUGCGGUACCAGGUUCAGGUCAGCCUAGAGGACUACAUCAACGACCGGCAGUAUGACUCCCGGGGACGCUUCGGAGAGUUGCUCCUGCUGCUGCCCACACUACAGAGCAUCACCUGGCAGAUGAUCGAACAGAUACAGUUUGUCAAACUCUUUGGCAUGGCCAAGAUUGACAACCUGCUCCAAGAGAUGCUCUUAGGAGGUUCUGCUACUGAGGCACCUCACACACCUCACUCUCUGCAUCCACAUCUGGUUCAGGAACACCUCAGCAACAAUGCCAUCGUUUCAAGCAACAUGGCUACUUCCAUCCACAAUGGCCAAAUCUCCACUCCUGGAACCCCAAUCCCCUCUCCUCCCACAGUCUCCAGUUCAGAACACUAUAAAAUGGCUCAAGGGGUUAUAGCCACUGUGCCCAAGCAUCCUAUCUCCAUCCCUCAGCUCACCAUCACCAAGCAAGAAGCCAUCUAACACAGAACUGGACCCCACAAACCCAUCCAACAAAUUUUUUUUACCAUCUUUGCUAGCAUAUGUUUCUCUGUAAACAUGCUCAGUAGAAAGGUGCAACAACAAUUCUCAUUAGUGAGAAAUACAUAUUUUCCAAAAAUCUCAGGGAGUGUACUGUACAGUUGGGAUACAUUAGUAAACUAAUCCCCAGCUAAGGUACAGUACCUACGGUAGGCCUACUCAUAUUAUUGCAUGUAGUAUCAAGCUGAAAUUGCAAACGGCUAGAACAACCUCAUUCAUGGGAAAUUUGAUACAGUAUGCUCUUUGACAUACAGCACCAGUCAAAGGUUUGGACACACCUACUCAUACAAGGGUUUUUCUUUAUUUAUACUAUUUUCUACAUUGUAGAAUAUUAGUGAAGAUAUCAAAACUAUGACAUAACACAUAUGGAAUCAUGUAGUAACCAAAAUAGUUGAUGACAGCUUUGCACACUAUUGGCAUUUGCUCAACCAGCUUCACCUGGAAUGCUUUUCCAACCAUCUUGAAGGAGUUCCCACAUAUGCUGAGCACUUGUUGGCUGCUUUUUCUUCACUCUGUGGUUCAACUCAUCCCAUACCAUCUCAAUUGGGUUGAGGUCGGGUGAUUGUGGAGGCCAGGUCAUCGGAUGCAGGACUCCGUCACUCUCCUUCUUGGUCAAAUAACCCUUACACAGCCUGGAGGUGUAUUUUUUGUCAUUGUCCUGUUGAAAAACAAAUGACGGUACCACUAAGCGCCGAAUAGAUCUGAUGGUGUAUCACUGCUGUCCUUUAGUAGUGGUUUCUUUGCAGCAAUUCGACGAUGAAGGCCUGAUUCGCGCAGUCUCCUCUGAACAGCUGAUGUUGAGAUGUGUGUUUCUUGAACUCUGUGAAGCAUUUAUUUGGGCUGCAAUCUGAGGUGCAGUUAUUCUAAUUAAUUUAUCUUCUGCAGCAGAGGUAACUCUGGGUCUUCCUUUCCUGUGGCGGUCCUCAUGAGAGCCAGUUUAAUCAUAGUGCUUGAUGGUUUUUGCGACUGCACUUGAAAUGUUCUGUAUUGCCUGACCUUCAUGUCUUGAAGUAGUGAUGUAUUGUCAUUUCUCUUUGCUUAUUUGAGCUGUUCUUGACAUAAUAUGGACUUGGUUUUUCACCAAAUAGGGCUCUCUUCUGUAUACCCACCCUACCUGGUCACAACACAACUGAUUGGCUCAAAUGCAUUAAGAAGGAAAGAAAUUCCACAAAUUAACUUUUAACAAGGCACACCUGUUAAUUGAAAUGCAUUCCAGGUGACUACCUCAUGAAGCUGGUUGAGAGAAUGCCAAGAGUGUGCAAAGCUGUCAUCAAGGAAAAGGGUGGCUACUUUGAAGAAUCCCAAAUAUAAAAUAUAUUUGAAUUUGUUUAACACUUUUUUGGUUACUACAUGAUUCCACAUGUAUUAUUUAAUAGUUUUGAUGUCUUCACUAUUGUCCUACAAUGUAGAAAAUUGUAAAAUUAAAGAAAAACCCUUGAAUGAGUAGAUGUGUCCAAACUUUUGACUGGUACUGUAGCUGUACAGGUUAUCUAUGUCUUUAUACACAGAGUUCAAAUUAUGAAUUGGUAAAUAAAAUAUGACUGUAUACAUGUUAGAUAGGUUUUCUUAAUCACAUUUCAAUUGUAUAAAUGUUACAAACAGGCCUCAUAUCUGUGAUGAGGCAGAUCAUGAUGUUGUUGUUACACAGUAUUUUAAAGAUGGUUGUCAAUGGCAAUACAAGUUUUGUUGACUGAUAUAGUCACUUACAACUUGUACCCAGAAAAAAGAAUACAAUGAUAUUAUCAUGUUUUUAAAUAAUGUAAUUAUGUGACAGAUGGAGAUAUACAGGUAUGAUAGGCAGUCAAUUGGUUCUGAAAGGACAUAUUUAGCUUUUUAAAGUUAUCGUGUACUUGCCGUAUGACAGUUGUGGUGCAUUGAAAUCCAGGUUUAAGAUAUCCCUGUCUAUAUGCACUGGAAUUCGCUAGUUGUGUAGUAAAAAGCUUAAAUGUUUGAAUUAAAACAGCUCAGUUAAUUUAAUACCAGAGUUGGGGAGUAACGGAUUACAUGUAAGGGAUUACAAAAAACUAUAACCCGUUACGUUACAAGCAAAAAUAUUGCAAUCAGAUGACAUACUUUUGGAAAAACUAGAUGAUUACUUCAAACAGGAUGAUUGCGAAAAAAAUAUUUGACACUUCUCUGUUUUCUCAAUGACAUUCGCAUCAUCAUUGAAAAAAGGCGCACAUUUAAAUUUGUUCAACCUGAGCGAGUCUGACCACAAAUCAGAGUCCACUACGACGACACACCACACGUGUUUGAUGGAUCUCAGGAAAAGAGCAGGAAUGGGCUUUUGUAGGCUACAGUCCAAGCUAUGUCUUCCAAUGGUGCAACUGCUGUCGGUAUCCAUAAAUGAUUAAAUUUGAAUAAACGCUUGGAGGUAAGGAUGACAGCCGGGGUGUAGUCUAUGGCGAUACGGAUAUAAUUUACUAUUGAUAUCUGCAUAGCGCAUUGAUGUGAAUCACACUGCUGCUCUCUCAUUUAGCUAUUUGCGCCUUACGGAUUGUGGUUGUUGUUGGAUGGCUGUUCACAAAUGUAAUGUAUAUUUGAACACAAUAGUGGUUGAAUUCAACAAGUUUAAGCUGCCUAUCAAUCAUUGCUUUUGAAACCAGUGGAUCGCCAGUGAAAAAUGCGCUCUUGCAACAGCUGCAUAGUGCUGAUCCCAGCCUAUGGAAUAAAAGUGGGGCUUUUAUUAAUCAAAUUCAUGCUGAUAAAAAAAAUACAUCCAUAGUCCUAAUGGACACAUGCUCGAACUGGCACACUUUUGAUAGACUUAAAUGGGGCAAUCUGUAGUUAAUACAUCCAUUUUUGGAUUUAUAUACUAGAUCUAUUAAUGUAAAGAUAUAAUUUAAUCAUAUUAUUAUAUGUUGUACAAAGCAAUGGGUUAGAAGAAGCCUUCAUAACCAACCCAUGAAGUAAAAUGUUAAAUCCAUGUAUGGCCAGUUAUGUAAACUUUAACAUGGAUUUAUCCUGCAACAGGCAUUUACAGGUUGAUGAAUUCAUAAUGUUUUACCCAUUCCAUUUUUAUCUUCAGUUCAACUGUAAAGACCUUGUAGUGUUUUUUUUUUUUUUUUUUACCAUAGAAUGUUAUUUUGUGACAUUAUUAUAACUACAUGACAAAAUACAUGGUGCCUUGUCAUCUGUACCGCCUUGUACUGCAAAGAUGGGCAAUGUGUUUCACCUUACAAUGUGAAGAUGAAUAAAAUGUCAAGGUUUAUUUUUUACA